AUUUUUAACCCAAAAUUUUUUAGGGUGUGUUAGUAAACCCACUCGUCUAUUGAACAGUGUUGUGGGUUUCUCGUGAAAAGGUUUCACAUGACAUGUUGCAGGAGACAGAAUUAUGUCCUGCUUUCAAAAAGCAACGCAGGAACUGAAGCGAAAAAGCUGCAAGCAAGCCAAAAACUGAACUUUCACUUCUUGGCAGAUAAAAGGCCUCGCUCAGACUCGCUCGCUGUGCACCUCCAGCCCUGCAGGCACACAUGGGCGGCUGCCACCGAGGCUGCAUGGAGCAGGAGGGGAGGCCAGUCCAGGCCUUCUACUACGGGAGGAUCGGAAGCAAGGCCACGGAGACGCUGCUGGAGAGGUUCGGACGCGAUGGGAGCUUUCUGCUGCGGGACAGCGAGACGCUGCCUGGGGCCUUCUGUCUGUGUGUGAGGAAAGCGCCAUUUGUCCACACCUACAGGCUUGUACACUCCGCCGAGGGCUGGUCUCUUCAGGUCCCAGGAGUCAGGAUGAACAGCUUUAGGUCUCUGGAAGCGCUCAUAGGGAGCUGCAGAAGGCCUUCACCUGGUCUCAACAUUGUCUCCCUCACAGAGCCACUGGACAAAACACAACUGCAGUACAUCAGCACUGGACAAGAGCUUGUUUACAUGGAAAUGAGCAGCAGCAGCUCUGUCUGCUGAGGCCUUUGUCUGCCAGCCACAAGCUCGUCAGAUGGAAGUCGCAUCCCUGAACUAGAAUAUGUCUGUGAAUUUGAAUUCCUAGUCGUUUGAAUUGAAUUGAAAAUAUUAAAUGCUUUACGUGUGAAGUGCAAUGUCAAACUUGUAUGAUGAAAGACGCCGCUGACCUCUUUAAAUAAACCGGCCAGUUCAAGACAGUGAGGCAGGCUUGAUUCCAUCUCUGUCACUGUGGUUUUCUGUGAACUGUGAACAGCUAACCGUCCGUAUGUGAUCUACGACUGUUUGAGAGAACAGGUAGAGUUACUCACAAAUAGGUUCCACCCAAACGCCUUUUCUACUAGGUGUGUAUGAAUGAUUGUCUGAUUUGCUUUGUUGGCUGUGUGAAAUAUUUAGCUGGACUCAUUCAGACUACAUCUGUCCUGCUUUGCUAAUGCGUUUGAUGGAGGAUACUGUGAUGUGAUAUUAUAAUAUGCAGAUGUCAUGCACAGCUGUUUAGCGCUUUACCAGCUUUGACAGUAAUCUAAAAAGACUCAGGUUUCCAUCCCCAGAGCAUCACCGAGCCGCCACCAUGCUUUACUGUAUAAGCAUCUGCUUCACUUUGCUCCAUCUAACUUCAACCACUGGCUCAAACUAUUCCAAACAUCUCCACAGGAAUGAAUUCAAAAACUUGAUGCACAUUGGUGCUAACAUUGUGCUUUAAGGUCAACUCUCAAUGCUCUGUCACAGGAAUCAUCAGCAUUUACUUUGUGCCCUUCUUUGGAAACUGAAAACUGUUUGUUGUCACCAAGUUUUCCUUUAAAUUUUUUUUGUUUUGUUUUUUUACGUCUGCUACAACAGAACAUCUAAUGCAGUGACUGUUUCAUGUGUAAUUGCUGUAGCACAACAACACAUAAUAAGGAACAACAAACCACAGGUUAAAUAGGGUGAUUUAUUUAAAUGAAUUUUUAAAUGAGCUCAGGUUUGAAUACAUGGCUCAACAGGCAUUCUUUCACACACUCAAUCACACUGUUGAUUGAACAUUUUAAAAUACAUUAAUAUAAUAAUAAACAAUGUUAGCUUGUUUUAUUUUGCUUCAGUUUGCUGGAUUCUGUAGCUUCUAAGAUAAAUAUGGCACUGAUUGUAUUAUUUUUAAAUAAAGCUUUAAUUUUUGUAUGAGAAGAAUUUUGAAGCCUGAUCCUGAACGCUGUAUAGUUUCAUGCUGGUGCCGUUUAACCCGUAGCCACUGAACCUUUAAUGGUGAACUAAGUUUCUUUCGUGUCCUCCACUUCUGUGAUCUCCUCCUCAGUCAUUGAACUCGGGGCAGGAUAGAAUAACUGAAAGACAGGACACAAGAAUCCGAACGCUGAACACCUUUGAUCCAAAGCUGAUGGCCAGUACUGGCUGCUGAGGUGUGCGAUAUAGUGCAGGUUGUUAGUUACGUUUGGUAAGUGGCCUUUUUCCAGGAAGUGGAUGUACUUAGGAGGUGGACGAGGGAUUGGCGGAAACAAAAGUUGGGACACCCUGAAACACACGCACACAAGACAAGAAAAAAACAAAACACAUUUGUUAUUGUAUCUUCAAUCUGCUGUGAACAAAAUUAUCAAUUUAAACCUUUAAACUGUCUGAUUAAGGAUGUUUUUAAACACAUUUACAAUAUUGGUUCUUUUGUACCCAAACUAAUUUUGGUCAUUAAAAAAAUUGACAAAUUCAGGGUAAAAAUUGCAUGAAAUGUGAUGAUGUCAAAAAAAGUGAUAAAACAUAGCUUUCACUUUCA